AUGUUCAACUCAUUAACAUCUAAAUUCACUUUACAUUCACUCAUUUCAUUGUCAACCAAAAGACAAUUCACUCAAACAAUCCCCAAAAUGUCUCAAGAAUAUUUAGUCACAGUCUUUGAUGUUCCAAAUGCAGACAGAUCAAAAGUUCGUCCACAACAUGUGAAAGAUAUACCUGCUAAUGUCCCUAACCCUAUAAGAUCAGCUGGCGCAAUCUAUACUGAUGAAUCGAAGUCGAAAUUCGCUGGAAGUUCAUUCCAUUUAGUUGCAAAUUCUAAAGACGAAAUCUAUGACUUUUUGAAAAAGGACAUUUAUGCCAGAGAGGGAAUAUGGGAUUUGAAUAAUGUACAAAUUUUCCCGAUUGGAGUUGCUGUUCGAUUACCUAAAAAGAUGGAUGGAGUUGAUGAAUCUGCUUAUAAAAUCUAG